AUGUCUGAUACCACUCUCAUUGACGAUGCCAUCCGCGUCGUCGUCGCCCCAUCUCAAGCAUCUUAUUUCGCUGGCGAACCGUUCUCUGUCACUAUUACGUUCACGAACACCCGCACCCAGGAACUCCCUCCCGCUAGGUCUGCUUCACAUUCUGUAUCGAGCAGGCACAAGCGGACUGCCCACUCCAUAAGUUCUGUACCUCUGGCGCGUCCUCCGACAUCUCCUGGCAAUCCGCGUACGGCUGUACCGACGCUGUUGGCUCGCACCGCUGGCGUCAGUGAUAUUUCUACCAGGAAGGGUCUGAUAGGGCAGAAGCAGCUCCCAGCUGGGACGGAUGAGUCACUCGAUUCCAUGGACCCAAUGAGGAAGAGGGUAUUGACGAAGUCACUCUCUAUCUCCGUACUGUCCAGCGAGUUGGAAGAGCAGUCACAAGAUGAUCUGAAGAGCAAGGCUUCCAUCAACUCCCUGCGAGUGACAGAGUCUGCUUAUGCUUCACCCACCUCACCUCGAACAUCUUCACCGUUGGCAAGGUCGGCUUCGCUUCCUAUUGCACCCAGUCACCCACACGCUCGCAAGCAGUCUAUCUUGGAUGGCCAACUGCAGCCGCAAGAGCUGCGACCACCUGUGUUGCAAUCUCCCUUCACCACAUCACCCAGCACGUCUUCAUCCAGCUUCUCCCUCUCUUUGGACCCCAUAGCUGAGAGCAGUUCUUCGCCCGUCCCACCGAUGACGCCGUUCGCACCUUCACCUGUGCCUGAUUCUACGCUUCCUACCAUCCGCACCCAGCUUUCGUCGACCAGCACGGAGACAACGGCCGCCACGAACGGAAGUGCGAAAUACGUCGUGCGUCCCAGCCGCGGUCCCCCACGCCGACCACCACAGCUCGGACACGGCCCUCCGCCAGUCGCUUUAAACAAUCAGCCUUCGCGUACUACGUUUUCGUCCUCAUUCGUCCCUCCGAACUCUGAGCUCAUCCUCUACUCGUACGCGCAGCUUGUUGGUACGCUGGCAAUCAGCCCGGUACCGGGCUCAACGACUACCGCACAGCAGGCACAGACGCUUAGCUACCUCCGUUCCAAUCUGCUGAAGCGCAAGGGUGUAGGCGGGGGCAGUAUGGACAUCACUUCCUCUAUGAGCUAUCACGCGUACAGCGCAUCUUCGAGUAUGGGAACAAGAGGCUCGCAUGGACGCUCGUCUUCCCUCUCUGCGGGUCUACUUUCCCUUCUUUCCCCCACCUCUCUGAUGCCGUCCUCGCCAGCGCCACAGCCUUGGAUGCCAUCUCAGCGUCCACAAACGGCGUCUGUCUUCUCUCUAUUCUCGAACGGGGAUAAUGGUGGUCCGAUUGGUCUGGGGUUGGGAGUCGCAGAGGAGGAGACAGACCCUGAACUACCGCUUCCUACGUUCGAGGUGCAGCCGUCCCUACUUGCUGUCGACCUCAGCCUCGCACCAGGCGAAUCACGUACCUACACAUACACCAUCGUCCUUCCCGCGGAGCUCCCACCGACACACAAGGGAAGAGUGUUGAGAUUCUCGUACCAGUUUAUUUUGGGUAUAUGUCGCUCUCCCUCGUCUCUGCCGUCUGGGGGGUUGGGGCCGACAGGAGCAAACAGCAGCAGUCGCGUCAUGAAGGUUCCUAUACGGGUGUACAACAACGUCGUCGUGGGGAGGGCACCUAUGCCGUACGAUCUCCUAUGGCCGUGCAAGGCCAGAGGCUCACAGUUUUCCGCGAAGGUGAUCGAGGAAUCCAGGAUCGCGGCGAAGAAGAGCGAUCUGGCCCCUCUACAAGGCGUCCCCGCGUCGCGGUCGGGAACUUUUGAAGACCUCCAGGUAUACGCUCGGGGACUUCUGGCUGUGUUUCACCACCCGAGCACUGGAGGCGUCCGGCUGGACCUUCCAGUGGAUCUUGAGCGAGACCGGGAGCGCGAGGAGGCGGGCGGGCUCACUGGAUGCCGCCAAGCGGUGGAGAUCUUGACGCGUAAUCCGAAGAAAGCGUCCUACGACGUAAACAAGGAUGGCGUAAAGGUCGCGGUGCUCACGUUCACGAAGUCUGCGUACCGGCUCGGAGAGACUGUGCUAGGUGUCGUGGAGUUGAACGAGCGGUCAAGUCGGGCACGGGUGCUGAAGCUCUCGGCAAUGCUCGAGGCGCACGAAUCUCUGCCCUCGGCUAUUUCUUCACCGGCAAGCUCGCGGCAGACGCGUCGAGUGCACGCCGAGCAUCACUCGUCUUUCGUGGUGUCUACGCUUCGCACCACAUUCUCGCUGGACAUACCACCAGACGCGAGCCCGGCGUUCCAGGUGACUAUCGGUGGGGAGCCCGGCGACUCUGCGAGACAGAUCGGAGCUCAGCCUGGCGGACUCGAGUGGAAAGUCAGGCUGUGUCUGCUUGUGGCCGUCGCGUCGCCGACCUCGCGCCAGAGUGCUGAUGGGCUGCGGCUGAAGCACCUGGUCAAGGACGGACCGCGGGGCGAGUGGGGCACGUCGUGGAAGGCUGCGGCGAGCAUCGCGCCCUUGGAACGGCCGGACCUGCGCGUGCAUGCGAACCCAUUCGGUGCGUCGGAGCAGGCAGCGACGACACCGAGCACGGCAAGGUCGUGGAUGUCGUACUUGGCGUCUUCGCUGCUGGGGCCGGCGAACGAAGGGUACCACGACGGGGACGAGCUGGCGGACUCGGACGACGACGACAACGAGGAGGGCAGCGAAGACGAGUGGCGGAGUGUGCGGACGGAGAUGGUGGAGUGCGAGGUGCCGAUCAGGGUGUGGCCUGGGAACACGGCGUUCAAGGCGACGGAGGUAGUGUUCGACGUUUAG